AUGUCAUUGAUAGAGUUGAGGUCAAUUCAACCUCCACAGCCUGCCACUUUGCGUAAUUUCACGACACAUUUGUCCUAUGACGAAAAUACAAAUUCUAUUGCCUAUCCAUGUGGUAAAUCAGCCUAUGUUAGGUAUCUGGAUGAUUCCGGCAUAGUUGUUCAGUUUACAGGGCAUGGGACAGCGAAUGUUACGGUAGUGAAGUUUUCGCCAAUCAAGGGCUCCCAGUACGUUUGUUCUGGUGAUGAAUCUGGUAAAGUGAUUGUAUGGGGUUGGACGUAUGAUACGGAUACUCAUGCUGUGGAAACUAUUGUUAAAUCAGAGUUCCAGGUUUUAGCUGGUCCUAUUACAGAUGUGUCGUGGGAUUUUGAGGGCAGAAGGCUCUGUGUUGUGGGUGAAGGCCGGGACAAAUUUGGCGCAUUCAUAUCGUGGGACUCUGGUAACUCGUUAGGUGAAAUAUCCGGGCAUUCGCAACGUAUCAAUGCUUGUCAUAUGAAACAGUCAAGACCGAUGAGGUGUAUAACUGUUGGAGACGAUGGUUCUGUCGUCUUUUACCAGGGACCACCAUUCAAAUUCUCUGCUAGUGAUCGUACGCAUCAUGACCAAGGGAAAUUUGUCAGAGAUGUACAGUUCUCGCCAGGUUCAGGUGGAUAUGCCGUAACGGUUGGCUAUGAUAGAAAGAUUGUGUGCUUUGACGGUAAAACCGGUGAGUUUAUCAAGUACAUCGAGGAUGAGAGUGAAAAAGUGGAAGGUGGUAUAUUUGCUGUUUCAUGGGUCGACGAGACAAGAUUUGUCACAGCAAGUGCAGAUGCAACUAUUAGACUGUGGUGUGCUAAGGAAAACAAAUUUUUACAAAAAUGGGUAGUGUCGGGGGACUCUGUUGGAAGCCAACAGGUCGGUGUUGUAUCCUCAAAGAAUGAACAGAUAAUUUCAUUAUCAUUGGAUGGUUCUUUGAACUUCUUUAAAAUCGGCGAGAAUGAUAUAAUCAAGUCUAUGAAAGGCCAUAAUAAGGGUAUAACAGCAUUAGCUGUUCGCCCGCUAAUAACCGGUUCUUACGACGGUAGGAUUAUGGAAUGGGAUAACAUUCCAGAGACGAUGCAUCAGGAUCAUUCAAAUUUGGUCGUUGCAAUUGAUAACAGCGAAGCGCCCAAAUACGCCAGUAUCUCAUGGGAUGACACUCUCAAAGUGUCAGAUAUCACAAAAUACCAAUUCGAAGGACAGCCGAAAGUUGCUAGUUCUGCCAACAACGGUGGAACUGUUGCAGUAGUCACUGAUAAUGAUUACCUAUUGAUAAUGAACAGUUAUACUGGGGAAGUCUUGCAAAAGAAGGCGUUGAGUGAACCAGCAUCGGCGGUCGGUAUAACCAGCGGACUUGUUGCUGUAGGUUUGGAAAGGACCAAUGCUGUGGAAGUGUUCAAGGCCUCUGACCUUGAGGUUAGCUACAAAUUGCCAAUUCCACUGCGUGCAACACCUUCUUGCAUUUCAGUAUCACCCAGUGAAGGGUACCUGGCCGCCGGUGAUGUUAUGGGGAAGAUUCUACUCUACGAUCUUUCUACAAAAGAUGUAAAGACGUCCAGGUGGGCAUUCCACACCAGUAGAAUCACUGCUAUAGCAUGGAGGCCUUCAACAGAAGAUGACGACGAAGAAGAUCUGGUUGCUACAGCUUCGCUCGAUACCAAUGUAUUUGUCUACUCCGUCAAGAGGCCCAUGAGGACAAUCAAGCGUCUAAAUGCGCAUAAAGAUGGGGUCAGCGUUGUUCGCUGGGAAGAUGCAAGUACUUUGGUCAGUUGCGGCUCGGAUGCCUGUAUCAAGAGGUGGAAUGUCAUUAUUGAAUAA